AUGGACCACUCGUAUAGUGGCUCCGGGCGAAAGCCCCCUCACAUAACAGUCAAUUCGGCCAGUGCUGGAGAUCUGCUAAAUUCAACGAGCAGCUCUCCUUCCACUGCAGGAACACCUGGUCAAUCGAGACAGUUAAUCCCACCGCCGCGACCACCGACUUCUGGUUCGCAACAGUCACGAAUGGCUGCCCCUCAAGUAUAUGGCUCACCCGAUGUGGCUCAGUCAAAUGAAAUGCUACUUCCUCCUGCGAGAUCACGAGCUCCGGCGAACAAUCAAUCAUCAUCAUAUUCCGACUAUCCAUUACCUUCUCCCUCGAUAUCGGGGUUCUCGUCACGAAGAACAAGCUGGAGCUCAGAAGCAGGAAGUCAGGCAGGAAGUCGAGACAGUCGAGUGGGACCAUUUGGUUCACCAUUUGAUGAUUCGAGAGCUUCUUCCAGGGCAGGCGACAGCGAUGAUGAGAAUAUCAAUACACAAACAGUUUCGGAAAAGUACAAUAUAAUGCCAUCUGCAGGGUUAUUACUUUUCCCGGAGGAUGUCGAGAAGGACGACUACCUUCACAAUCCGGAUCCAAGUGAUAAGGACCACGACAAGUGCGAUAUAUGGAACAGAAGAGGUCUCACAAACAUUGGAGGCUUAGUUUUAAUCGUUUUGGCUGUGCUGUGCUUAUUUGUUGCAUAUCCAGUGAUUACAGCUGUGAAGGAGAAAAUCGAUCCAAGUCAUGGAGCUUGUGCGGCAGCAGCAGAUUGUUUAUCGGACAAAGUUGCUCUUCUCAAGAACGUGAGAACGGGCCUCAUAGAUCCGGACACUCCAGAGUCUGCCAAAACUAAAACUGCUCAAGAUGGUACAAAAUUGAAGCUUGUGUUCUCCGAUGAAUUUAAUACCGAUGGUCGAACCUUCUACGAUGGCGAUGACCCAUAUUUUCAAGCAAUGGAUAUCUGGUAUGGUGCUACUCAGGAUCUGGAAUGGUACGAUCCAGAUGCUGUGACAACUGGAAACGGGACUUUGAACUUAAAAUUCGAUGCUUUCCAAAGUCACAACUUGAACUAUCGUUCGGGGAUGGUUCAGUCAUGGAAUAAAUUGUGCUUCAAAGGUGGUCGCGUGGAAGCUAGCAUUUCACUGCCUGGACGAGGAGAUUGGCCCGGUUUCUGGCCAGGUUUCUGGAGUAUGGGUAAUUUGGGACGACCUGGUUAUCAAGCUACCACGGAAGGAAUGUGGCCAUACAGUUAUUGGGACAAAUGUGAUUACGGGAUUACAGCAAAUCAGAGUUCAACGGACGGCAUCAGCUGGCUGCCUGGUAUGAAAUUGCCAGCAUGUACGUGUAAAGGACAAACACACCCUUCGUCUGGAAAUUCUCGAUCGGCACCUGAAAUCGAUGGAAUAGAAGGCAGUGUUGCAUUCAUGACGACAAACUGGGGAGCAGCUACCGGUUCCGCGUCUCAAUCCUACCAGAUUGCUCCCUUCGACAUAUUUUAUAUGCCCGACUACAAUUAUGUUGAGGUCUAUGAUAACGAACAAAGCUCUGUAAAUGCCUACCGUGGUGGAAAUUAUCAACAAGCUAUGUCUUCGGUAACCUGGCUCAACAAUGAUUGGUAUGAUGGUAAUGGAUAUCAGACGUAUGGCUAUGAAUAUACGCCUGGACCCACUGGAAAGGUUACAUGGUUCGUUGGUGACCAGUAUACUUGGAAAAUGGACGCCCGGGCUUUAAGACCAAACGGAAAUAUUGGCCAGCGAACGAUGCCGGCAGAGCCUAUGGCUGUUAUUAUGAAUUUGGGAAUGGGUACCAGUUUCUCUCAAGUUAUGAUGCCUAAUCUGAACACUUUGUUCCCUGUUACUAUGCGGUUUGACUACAUCCGAAUAUAUCAACCAGAAGGGUCCGAAUCAGUCACUUGUGAUCCUGAUGGAUACCCAACCACCGAAUACAUCAAGAAGUUUCCAAAGGCAUAUACAAAUCAAAACCAUACUUCUUGGUCAGACGCUGGCUAUACGUGGCCUACAAAUUCCUUCGUCGAUACCUGCUAG